AUGCCGCGCAGACGCACUGCUGCCGCUAGUGAAGUACACGAGCAGGGACCUGUGCCAGUGGAUUUGACCCAGGCAUUGCCGGCGGAGCUGUUAUGCGAAAUAUUCGAUAUAUUAGCUGCGUGCGAUGCUGCACACCUCAUAGAGGAACGAAUAUAUGUCAUUGGAAGUGCUAGAACUAGAAAGAAUCGCGUCGACAGGCAUGCAUCGCGCCUUAGAGGCUGGUUCGUUAUUACGCACGUCAACGCGCGUUGGCGGGCUCUCGCACUUGGGCGAUCGUCUCUAUGGACAUCGGUCGAUAUCAAUCUUGGUCCGAGCUGGGUAUCUGCCUUUAUAGCGCGCAGUGAUCCAUUGCUCUUCGUAUUCAGGACCGAGUCCCGGCGUAUCAGUAGCAUCGAAAGUUGGACGGCUGCCCGCAUUCGCACGUUCAACGAGGUUCUCUCUCAGCACGCUCAUCGUGUACGCCAGUUAGACGUUCAUUCCAUCUAUCACCAGCCACAGCAGGUUCCUAAUACAAACGCCCAUACUAUACAACUCCCUCGACUCUUCUUUCGAGACUAUCCUGCCCUGGAGACGCUGUGCUGGCAUGAGAAUACUGUGGGCAUCGUGACACAGUCAUGGUCCUCGCUUAGGCUCCCUCAGUUGCGGAGGCUAUCGCUGCACGGGCCCGUGAUGUUCGCGGCGUGGAAAUCACUGUCUCCCUCCCACCUGACCCAUCUUGUGGUCAGAGAGAAUAGCCUUGGGGGCAGCGGUGUGGAGAAGGCGAACGUGGAAGCCCAUCUACCCAGCCUUGCAGCCUUGGAAUACUUAUAUCUGGAUGGUGUUGUACCCCACAACGCAGUCAGUGACCACAAGCUGUGCCUACCGCGCCUUCAAAGACUCGGCCUGCGUGAUGGAGCGAGCAACGUACUAUCCUUCAUGCAAGCGCUCGAGGCACCGUCUCUGCUACAUGCAGAGACUUCUUAUUGCCGUCACGACAUGGAUCGUCUACCAUUCGGCACGCUCAUAUCCGCGACUCUCGCCCAUGUGCCCGCGGACGCCUUCACGGCCCUCACUCUCGUUCGAUCUGCGGCGUUCCCUGGGCCGAGAGCCCACGUCCGGUUGCGCGCGUCUUGUGACAUUGAGUUCGCCCGACCUGUGCGCUUGUACCUCGACGAGUACCUCUCUGAAAACACGUUGACGCGCAGAUGGACUCCAAACGCGUUGGAUGCAGAGUUCCUUGCCUUGGACUCUCCUCAUCACCGAUCCGACUCUCAUGACAGCCGCGUCCUUGAGCUCUCAGCUAAUACCGAUUGGGGAGGUGGACCUGACCUCGAUCCCACUCAUGAUCCAGUGCACCUUCCUUUCCCGAACGUUCAAACCGUAUGCCUAGCCGGCACCUGGGAUCCCCAGGCACUCACAGAGGCGUUCUCGCUAAUGUCGAAUGUCAAACAUAUCCGAUUGUACGACCACAAUUCUUUCGCUGCAUGUUGCUCCGCCAUGAGCGCAGACACUGCGUUGGGCGCAGAGCCUUCGACAUCAAGGGCAUUCGCUGUGCUCCCUCGACUAGAGACGCUCGCUAUUGCCUUCCCUAGCGUCUCAGGCUUCAGGCCGAAGUCUGUCUUCUCUGAGUACUGUGGGUCUAGAAACUCAAAUGGAGUUUCUAUAUACGAUCGACUACGUGACCUAGUCAAAGCUCGCGCUGCGAUUGGGCGGCCAAUUCGCGCUGUGUAUCUACACCAGGCCGAUGAGUUCAUGUCGUCUUUCCGGAAACAUGUGCGACGUGCGGGUGAAGAGGACGAGGCAGUGUUGGGGCUGAUUGAAGAGGAUCAAGGGCCAAGAAGAUGGUUUGACGUGGAGAAGCAGGAGUACGUGUCUAACAACCCCGAAUGGCGUUAA